UUUUUCUUAAGCUUUGGGGAGUUGGGUAAUUAUGUGUUUCAUUGGACUCCUAUUUUACUCACAUGCUGUCCUAGAUAAAGUCAAGAGCCAAACCUCCUCUCAUGACACGGGCCGUGUGUCAUGUGGGAUGCGACACUGUUGCUCUUUUCCCUUCCUUGUGUGUUUUCACUCCCGUUCAUCGUUGUUGAGUCUCAGCCAACCAUGAGCUCGCCAUGCCACUCUUUCACGCCCUAAUUCGGACCCACCACAUCACCUCCCGCAAGAAGGUUGCUCAUCUUCGCAAGGCAGCAAGCAAGUUUGAUUGCUAUGCUCUUCUUCGGAGCGGAGGGUGUCCGGGCAUCAUGUACUGCAAAGGCGGCGAGGAAAGUGUGAAGGAAUGGGUAGGGACUGUCCAAAGACUCCGCUACAAAGACUUCCAGCUGGCAUUAAAACCUGCGCCAAUAGAGUCGAAGGUGAUUCGGCCGGAAGAACGAACUGGGCUGUUCGAGGUCGAAUCCGUCAAGGAAUUUGCUGCCGCCAUGGAGAAGAGGGGUAUAUCGGACUGGUGGAAGCGUGGAAUGGAAUUCGCAUGACCUCCGAUCCUUCCUGGCCUCGAGUGGGUUCAAACCUAUCACCACCAGCAACUUUGACAUCGCCUCUUGUAGGGCCCGAGUUUACGACUAUGGCCCGAUCUCUAGACACGCUCCCUCAACGGGGAAUCACCCCCUCCUGAAAGCACUCCUCAACCGCCCCAGAACUCCAGCAAACCACGGCGUUGCCCACACGCUCCCCACAAUCCGCACCGGCAGCAGCACCUUGGUCAGCGCGUACGCCAACCCAACCUCGACAAGAACGCGAUAUUUAGGAUCAGCCUCCCACCGCGACAGCACCGCAUCGGCACCCACACCCCCCUCCCCCCCUCCACCCCCC